AUGCAAUCCACUAUUCAACAAAAUCCCAUCGCAGACCGGGCUCGAGAAUCUGCAGCAUCUACAACACAAUCGCGAGACCUCUCCUCGAGUGAAUCCCAUCAACUACCAGAUCCCAACUCGGAUACCGUCUCUGAUUCAUCCUGGAAACCAAGAUUCGAUCGUCGCCAAAGCUGGAGCCAUGAGGACCAGAAACACCAGCUGCAAGAACGACUGUUGAUUGUCGAGCAAGGAUGGGAGACGGGGUUUACGGAGACUGGAUCGGUCACUAAAUCAACUUAA